AUGAAGUUGGUUAUAUUUUUUCCAAUAAUUUUUAUAUUUACAAUAUGUUUAAUAAAUUGUAACCAGUAUCCUAAUAAUAACGUUAAUGGUCAAGAAAUUGAAGAAAACAAUGUGCUAUUACAUAGUAAUUUUGAUAGACAAAAUAAUGAGGUUAAAUUAAAAGUGGAAAAUUCUUCAAAUAAACAAUAUAUAGAAAGAGCUAUUUUUAUAUUAAACAAGCAAACAUGUUUAAAACACUCAAUUACUGAUAAAAACGAAGAUCGCAUAACAAAAAUAAAAUAUGGAUCAUCUUGUGGUGUUGAUGUAGAAAUAGAAAAUGGAUAUUUACAUCAUGUAAUAUAUAUAAAUGAAUAUUGUUUUGAUAAGAACAAACUUAAUAAAUUAAUUUUUUUGAGCUUUAAUUUAAGGUUUCAAAUAAUGCAAUAUAUUAAGAGACAAAAAUCAAGCGAAAUGAAGUAUAGCCAUGAAAUUGUUUGGUUAAAACUUUCAAAAGACAAAUAUGGUUUAUUUAAUCCCAAUACAAAUAAAUUUUUAGUAACAAAUGGUGAACGAGUUGAUCCUUAUGUCAAACCUGAUGUAGAUCUUUUUUUGUAUCCUAAAAAUGGUUCUCAACAAUAUGAUAUAUCUUCUGAAUUUAUUUCAUUCGAUGAUGUAAAAUAUUUAAACUCAAUGAUGUGUGAUUACGUUUUUAACAAAACACAUCAAAUAGAAUGUUCAAAUGGUGGAUAUAUAAAUCCGUUAAAUGAAAGAACAUGCCUGUGUCCAUUUUUCUAUGAAGGAAGAAGAUGUAAAAAAUUUAUGGUGUCAAAAAGACAAGAUUUAUGUGGUAAUCGGGUGAUAAAAUCAACAACUAAUUCACAACAGAUAGUAUUAGACUUAGAUGUAGAAUGUUUUCAUCAUUUUAUAGCUCCUAAAGGAUACAAGAUUAAUAUGACACUGGUAGCCAAAAGCAAAUUAUACUAUGAUUGUAAAUAUUUUCCACUUAUUGAAAUUAAAUACAAAGAAGACAAAACUGAAAUAGGAACAAUUCCAUGUGGAUCAUUUGUAAAAUUAGAAAUUGAAUCUGAAGGUGAAAGUAUUUUGGUAUACAACUCAAGAUUAGGUUCAAAUUUAGGUUUUGAUGUAUUUUAUAAUGCAGUGGUCAAGUAUAAUUAG